AUCCCCUCCGAGACAAAGAUGUCUGAUUCGUUUCCUUUGUUGUGAUAUCGAAAAAAACGUACUCUUAUUUAAAAUCCCAGUUUCUGGAUUAAGAAAUCAAGCAGUUGUCGUCUGUCGGUAUUGAUCAGCCGUAAAAAUGAGUGGCGGAGUCUACGGAGGAGAUGAAGUUGGAGCUCUUGUAUUUGACAUGGGCUCAUAUUCAGUGAGAGCUGGAUAUGCAGGAGAGGAUUGUCCCAAGGCUGAUUUUCCUACUGUGAUUGGUGUGACUCUGGACCGGGAAGAUGGCAGUACACCGAUGGAGACAGAUGGGGAGAAAGGAAAGCAAAGCGGAACUACCUACUAUAUUGACACCAACCAGCUCAGGGUCCCUAGAGAAAGCAUGGAGGUCAUGUCACCUCUUAAAAAUGGGAUGAUUGAGGACUGGGACAGUUUUCAAGCCAUUUUAGAUCACACCUACAAAAUGCACUUCAAGUCACAGCCCGGUCUGCAUCCAGUCCUGAUGUCAGAGGCCUCGUGGAACACACGAGCAAAGAGAGAGAAGCUGACGGAGCUGAUGUUUGAGCAUUACAACAUUCCCGCUUUCUUCUUGUGUAAAUCAGCUGUGCUGUCAGCGUUUGCCAAUGGACGAUCCACAGGUUUAGUGUUAGAUAGCGGAGCAACACAUACAACUGCUAUUCCAGUGCAUGAUGGUUAUGUCCUACAACAAGGUAUCGUGAAGUCUCCUCUUGCUGGUGAUUUCAUGAGUAUGCAAUGCAGAGAGCUGUUUCAAGAGUUAGGUGUUGAAAUAGUGCCCCCAUAUAUGAUUGCAUCAAAGGAUUCAGUUCGCGAAGGCACUCCUGCUAGUUGGAAGAAAAAAGAGAAACUACCUCAAGUUACCCGAUCAUGGCAUAACUAUAUGUGUAAUACCGUCAUCCAGGAUUUUCAGGCCUCGGUGCUUCAGGUGUCAGAUUCACCCUAUGAUGAACAAGUGGCUGCCCAGAUGCCCACUGUUCACUAUGAGCUGCCUAAUGGCUACAACUGUGACUUUGGAGCGGAAAGACUUAAGAUACCAGAGGGUCUUUUUGACCCUUCAAAUGCUAAGGGUCUAUCAGGGAACACCAUGUUAGGAGUUGGCCAUGUUGUGACCACCAGCGUUGGCAUGUGUGACAUUGACAUUCGACCGGGUCUGUAUGGCAGUGUGGUUGUUACAGGAGGAAAUACCCUCAUUCAAGGCUUUACAGACAGACUUAACAGAGAACUCUCGCAGAAGACGCCACCAAGUAUGCGUCUUAAGCUAAUAGCCAAUAACACAACUGUGGAGCGCAGAUUUAGCGCCUGGAUUGGAGGAUCCAUCCUUGCAUCCCUGGGAACUUUCCAACAAAUGUGGAUUUCAAAACAGGAGUACGAAGAAGGUGGCAAACAGUGUGUUGACAGGAAGUGUCCUUAACCAGUUCCUUCAACAGCUGGUUGCCUUCAGAAAAUGAAAUCAAAAUAAAUAACACCUCCACCUAGUAGAAAAAGCCUUGUUAGUGGACUCAGGAACUAAGGACACUUGCUGUUAUUUUUAGUGCAAACAAACCAUAUUUUAAACAGUUUAACAUGGUUGCACUCUUUUUCUACUCUACACAAUAUUUUCAUAUCCAGUUUGGCAACACAAACUUUUCCGACCAUCUAAUUGAUUUUGAAGUACCAGUGACAGGGUUAUACAGUUUGGGGGAAUGCGAAACCUCAAUUGUAUGUUUAGGACAGUUACAGUUUUUUUCCUUUUUUUUUUUUUUUAUUUACACCACUUUGUCACUUUCUAGGAAAUGGAUCACAGAAAACAAAUGUUUGUUAUGCUUUUAACAACUGGAUCAGCUGAUUGCGGAAUAAAUUUGUUUUUGUUAAACUGG